AUGUUCUCGGUACCACUCUCAUCGUCUUUUGUUUCUUCUUCUUUAAUAAAGUCUUCCUCUCAUCAUGGUCGAACUAAUCGUUCUCCCAUUCGUGAUGGUGGAAUCACGACCAAAGCUGCUGACGUAACGCGCGAGGAGGGAAACGAUGUGUUGUUAAGACAACAAAGAAGACAAAGAGGAAGAGAAGCAAAACGCGAAGAAGAAGAAGAGCGCGCGACAACAAACAACGCGACGAGAAGUAGUCGACGCGAGGUUCUCAAAAUUCUUCCUUAUACUUCUGGAGUCGCGCUCGUCGUCGCCACGGCGAUUGGAGGAUUCACCGCGCACCCAUCCUUCGCCGCAGGGGAAAAACUCUCGUCCGUCGAGGAGAAAGAACUCGCGAAAGAACGACGCAAAGCGGCCGUUCGCGCCGCCGCAGAACGGGCGAAAGAAACCGGCGUCGGUGGGAACGCGUUCUCGGACUCGGAAUACAUGGUCGGUGAGGACCACUCGCCGAACGCGCACUCGCACCAAGAGGAAGGCAGCAAAGGGAGCUUCGUCUGA